AAACCUGGGAAAAUAACUUGUUUAAUUAAGAGGCCUAGUGAAGUAGCCCUCAGGCCUGCAUUUUGUGACUUGUGCAACAUGUGGAGCACCCUGGAAAAUUCCCAGAAUAUGAACUACAUGACAGCUAUGAAAGCUACCAUAAUCCAGUUCCACUGAUGACUAUGUGAUGUAGUCCAAAACAAAAGCUUACAAUUAGAGUAAAGCAGACUAGGAAGGAAUGAGAUGGGGGGGGGGAUCUAGAGUCUGUGGAUGGCAACAGGUUAAAUAUAUUCUACUUAAAGCACAGAACAGAUCCAUCACACAAGUAAAUCAAAAUCAGGUAGACAGUGAAAUGGUUUUUCAGUUGAGAAGAAUACAAGGAGAAGCAUAUCACUAUUCAAACUGUUUGGGGAGAAAAAAAGAACAGGACCUAUUUAAAGAAACUGAGUAUAAUGAACUGCAGGCACAGGUUAAAAGGAGUAUUACCUCAAGAGAGCUAAAGAAAAUAACAUUGCAAUGGAGGCUAAAUGUUCUUCAGUAUUAAGCAAUAAAAUAAAUGAAGUAAAGUUUUUUCAGUGAUAAAAAUGGGAAAUUUUGAUGUUGAAAGGGAAGUGGCAUAUAUCUCAAUCAAUAUUUGACUCAGGUGUUUAUCAAGGAAAAAACGGAUAAAGUACCUCAAGCUGAACAAAAACAACUAUUAGAAAUAUUAGCAUAUACAGUAAGUAGUAUAUACUAACAGCACCCAAGAUAACUCUCCAAGGGCAUAUGGUAUUCUGUCAAUUGUACUUAAGCACACUAUAAUUCUCACAUAAAGCCUUUAUAAAAAAUUCUGUAGUGCGAAAUUGCUGACCUUGUACUACUGUAUGUAUAAUUUUGCCAGUUCAGAAGGUUUUAAAAUGAAUUAAUGCUGUCAUCUAUAUGCAGCCGGCACAUUCGCACUGCGGCAUUUAAAUAUGGACGUGUAUUCACAGUAACACAAGACCUUUGUAUUAUUUUAAAAGAGAAACAAGCAAAUUACAAACCACCCACUGCCACUAGACGGACACGGACGGCUUCAAGCUAUUUACAAACACAUUUAACCCAACAGCUUCCGAGAGACUUGUUGGUCCUCCGGUGUCCCAUGAUGCCGUGGUGGCUUUACCGACUGUCCACGUAUCCCGAGGAGCACUGGCUGUCAUGGCCGCCGUCGAGUUGGCAGGGGGAUAUCAUCAGUUUGUGCUGAGCAUUGAAAAUAAAAACACAGCUGUUACAGAAACUUAGAGGGGGCAGAAGAGCGAGCUGUGGUAUCUGGCGCACCUUGCAUAUUUUACUGUGAUCUAACUUAACUGUAACUGCCAUUCUUUUUUGACUUAGCUUUUGUAAUUGUAUCUUUGGUGUCGUCGUUUUAACAAGCCGCGAGUUUUCCAGUGGUAUGUAGCCGGCAGCAUGAGUCGCAAAGCUGGGUAACACCACACGAGGUGUCGCUGUGGCGGCUUCCAUUUAGAUGGGACUGGAAUUUGACUUGUAUCGGACAGGAAACGAAAAGAGCAGGCAUUGAAUGCUCCGUUCCCGUCGUUGUCGCCAACCGUCGCCCUUUUUAAACGAGUUCGUCUUUUGUUGCAACGAUGUCUUCGUGGCUCGGAGGGCUCGGCUCUGGGCUGGGUCAGUCUCUCGGACAGGUCGGGGGAAGCCUGUCCUCGUUCACCGGCCAGCUGUCCAGCUUUACCAAAGACAUUCUCCUGGAGGGCACGGAGGAAGUGGGAGAUGCUGCUACUGAACUACAUGUCUCCAACUCAAAACUAAUGGAAGUGGAAUCAACCUAUACAACUCUGAAAUCAGAGUAUGAACGGUUGAGGAAGAUUCACUUGGAACUCGAAGAGAAGCAUGAGGCUGCAGAGAUUCAGAUAAAACAGCAGUCAUCCCAAUACCGAUCUCUGCUGCAGCAGAAGGAGGUGGAGAUCAGCCAUCUGAAAGCCAGGCAGAAUAGCCUUCAGGAUGAAGUGCAGAAGCUCCAGAUGGCUGCACAGCCCACAGAACCAGCUGUCCUGCCCACCAGCACAACAGCCUCCUUCCUCCCAACCCCAGGGCCUCACCCAGGCUUCCAGGGGGACGAGAUGGACUUUGGAGAUGUCAUCUGGUCUCAGCAAGAGAUCAAUAGGCUGUCCAAUGAAGUGUCUCGACUUGAAUCAGAGGUUUCUCACUGGAAGCAUCUAUCACAGACUUCUAAGACUCAGGGAGCAGUCAGUACUGACCAGAGUGAUGUGCAGGCACUCCAAAGAACUAUUAAGGAGCUGAAGGAGACUAUGAGCCGGGACAUUGAUGAACAUCAGCACGAGCUCUCUGUACUGCAGGACGCGCACAGACAGAAAACGGCAGAGAUCACGCGUCGACAUAGGGAGGAGCUGGCGGAGUAUGAGGAGAGAAUUGAGGAGCUUGAAGAGCAGCUGCAAGCAGGUGGAUCCAGCACGGGAACCCAGGAGCAUUCCCAAGUGUUGGAGCUGCAAAGGACAAUCCAAGCCCUGGAGGAGAGUGCACAAGAGCAGGAGAAGAAGCUGAAGAGUAUGGCAGAGAGUCUCGCUGCCUCAGGGAAGAAGCAGACUGCACUGUUGCAGGAAAAGGAACUUGCCGAAGCAGAGAACAACCAGCUGAUGCAAAAUUAUCGAAGACUGCAGAACUCUGUUGAAGAACUUCAGACUAGAGUUACAGAACAGGAAGAGAAAGCUAUGCAUAAAUCACACCUUGAGAAUGAGAUCACUGGAUUGAAGAAAGCUCUGUCAGCAGCAGAAAAGGAGAUAUCAAGGCUGAACAGUCUCAGUGCGACUGAGUCCCAAGCAGAAGUAGAACACGCAGACAUUCUAGAACUCAAUACUAUAAUUGAGUCCAUGAGGAAAGAGAAGGAGGAGCUGGAGCAACAGAAGCUUGAGCUUCUUGAAAGGCUGAAAUCUCAAGAAAUGCAGGAGAAUGGUACCAGAAAAAACGAAGAGCUGGAUGCCGUCCUGCUAGAGGUGGAAGAACUGAGAAGCGAGUUGCAAGAAAAGGAACUGGCCUUUACAGAGGGUGCCAUGGAGAAGGACAGGCUGGCAGCAGAAGUGGAGGAGCUGGACAGGCAGAAUCAGGAAGCCAAUAUGCACCUGAUUUCACUCAAGGAUCAGCUGGCCCAGCAGCGUAAAGAUGCAGAUGCUUCUAUUUGCCGUCUGCAGUCUGAACUGGAGAGCUCAAGAAAGCAGCAGAAGGACCAGGCAGCGAUGCAGCAGGAGCUGGAGCAGCAGAGAGAGAAACUGAGCCAGAGCGCCUUUGCUCUCAAUGACAUGCACAUGGUCAGGCAGCAGCUGGAGAGCACCGUCGGGGACCUGAAGGAUAAGCUGAAGAAGCUGCAGGAGGACAGCUCCCACCUUCGGAAGGAAAACUCGGAGCUGAAGAAACAGCUGCAGGAAACAGAGGAGCAACUUUCCACGGCCAGGUCGGAGCUUGCCGGGUCGAGCAAGAGUGCCGUUCGUGACGAGCAGCAGGAACAGCUGCUACAGCAAAAGGAAAAGGAGAUGUCAGAACUGAAGCAGGAAAUGUCCGAAAACAAAGGUUUGCUGGAAAAGGUUUCAUCUGCAAAUUAUGAACUUAAAAUGGAAAAUAAAAAACUUAAAGUGGCGCAUACGGAGGCAACAGUGAAGCACGAAGGAUUGAGUCGCCAGGUUCAGGAUCUCCAGGCAGCUUUAAAAAAGGCCUCCUUGGAGAGAGAUACGAAAGUAGAAGCUUUAAGGCUAGAAAAGAGGCAGCUGGAAGCUGAGCUUAACCAAGCUGAAAACAGGUUAGCAGAACAGGCCCGGCAAUACCAGCAGACUAUUAUGGAGCUUACAAAGGCCCGGAGCAUGGAUGCCACAGCUUUGCAGACUGAGCAUGAGCGCAUGGUUAAGCUGAAUCAGGAGAAGGACUGUGAAAUUUCGGACCUGAAACGAGAGAUCGAACAAAUGGCAGCCGAUCACCAACAAACCAGUGAGAUACUAUCAACGAGUUUAUGUGGGCAGAAACAGCUGACAGAGGUGAUCAAAGAGAAAGAAGCAUUUAUAGAGAAGCUCAAGGAAAGGGUAGGCGAAACACAGGAGGAGCUUGAAAAAUGUGACAGGGCAGCCAAAGAAGGGGACAUGAUUAAGCACUUACUUGACGAGAAAGAAAAGCAGCUUGGUGUGAUGAAGGAAGAAAAUAGUCAUCUCAAAGAAGAAAUUGACCGGUUGAGGGACCAGCAAAGCAGACCUCAACCUAUUGCUGAGCCUAAAACUUUGGAUAUAAUUACAGAACUGGAAACUGAGAUCACACAGCUAAAAAGCAAAAAUAACCACUUGGAAGAAGAGAUUUUGGCUCUUAAGAAAGUAAUGGAGGAACAAAAAGGAAGCCUUCUGCAAUCUCAGCAGUCUAUUCAGAUGCAACAAAAUGAAUUAAAUCAGGCCAAAAUGCGGCAUGAGCAAUUGACUUUGAAUUAUGAAAAACUGAUUUCUGAGAAAGACCAAGAGAUUGUUCACCUUCAGGAAUCUAUUGAUCAAUUGAAGCAACAGAGGGAAACACAGGUGAUCAACACCGAUUCCUCUAAUAUUUUGCAAGAAGAUAAAACUCAGUCAAUGAAUGUUGAGAAUGGAAAUGAGAAGCAUGAUUUCUCCAAAGUGGAAAUAGAAAGAUUGGUUAAGGGGAUCAAAGAAAAAGAGAUAGAGAUUAACCUUCUCAAUGAGAAGAAUGUGUCAUUGACCAAACAGCUGGAUCAGCUGGUCGUUUCCAAAGACGAAGUGGGCAAACUCUCCCAGAUCGUCCAGCAGAAGGAUCUGGAGAUACAAGCUCUUCAUGCAAGGGUGUCUGCUGGAUCACACAUGCAGGACAUCAUGUACCUCCAGCAGCAACUUCAAGCUUAUGCGGUGGAAAGAGAACAAGUGUUGGCAGUGCUAAACGAAAAGACGCGAGAGAACAGCCAGUUGAAGUCGGACUACCAUAGAAUCAUGGAUAUUGUCGCAGCCAAAGAAGCUGCUCUCCUGAAGCUUCAAGAAGAAAAUCAGAGGUUGUCCAAUAUGAGCGACACUGGGAGCCAAGAAAUGGUACGAGAGACAAUCCAGAACCUCUCCAGGAUUAUCAGGGAGAAGGACAUUGAGAUAGAUGCGUUGACACAAAAGUGCCAAACACUGCUGACUGUCCUCCAGACCUCAAACUCCGGGUCUGAGGCCCAAUCAAGUGGUGUGAGUAGCAAUCAGUUUGAAGAGCUUCUUCAGGAGAGGGAUACCUUAAAACAGCAAGUCAAAAAGAUGGAGGAGUGGAAGCAGCAGGUCAUCACUACCGUCAAGAACAUGCAGCAUGAAUCUGCACAGCUGCAAGAGGAGCUUAUAAAAUUGCAAAGCCAGAUCUCGGCUGAUAGCGAUUGUAACUCCAAACUUUCAGUCGACUACAAUAGGUUGAUCCAGGGUUACGAGCAGAAGGAAAAGAAGCUAGGGAACCUGAGUCAGGAACUUGCUCAGGUUCAGCAAACCAUCUGCCAGCUGAGCAACACUAAGGAUGUGCUGCUAGGAAAACUUGACCUGGUCGCAAGCAGUCCUGAUUCGGGCACUCCUAGUGUGAGUGAAGCGGCCUGUAAAGUCACAACACCACUGGAGCAGGAAGAUACAGUGAAAAGAUUGCAAAGGGAGCAGGAACAUCUACAAAAAAUCCUACAGGAGAAGGAAACUGUUAUAAGGACUCUCCAAGAAAAUAACCACCGAUUGUCCAAUUCUAUAGCUUCGGCCUCUGAGAGCGAGCAGAGGGGACACGAAGAAGCAGCAGCAGAGAUCAGGCAGGCCAAGGACAAGUUGGGGGCCCUGCAGACGUCUCUCAGAGAAAAGGACCUCUUGAUUAAAUCCAAAGGGGACCAGCUAAGCUCUGUGAGUGAGAGCCUGAGAAACAAAGAAAACGACAAUGAAGUGUUGAAGCAGGCAGUGACCAACCUUAAAGAGAGAACUCUGAUUUUAGAAAUGGACAUUCGGAAACUGAAAGAUGAGAACGAGCAAAUAAUAGCAAAGUCCAGAGAGAAGGAGACAGAAUUCAGAGCUUUGCAGGAGACUAACAUGCAGUUUUCCAUGAUGUUGAGAGAGAAGGAGUUUGAAUCGAAUUCUAUGAAGGAGAAAGCAUCUGCACUGGAGAAAAUGCUUAAGGAAAGAGAGCAGGGAAAGUCAGGGGAACUAAACCAGUUGUUGAAUGAAGUCAAGUCAAUGCAAGAGAAAGCUGUGAAAUUUCAACAGGAGAGAGACCAAGUGAUGUUAGCCCUGAAACAGAAACAGAUGGAAACUAGUGCUUUACAGAAUGAGCUGCAGCACAUGAAGGACAAGGAGCAGCGCCUGAAGCAGGAGCUGGAGAGGCUGCGCACUCACCUGAUUGAGAUCGAGGACUCCUACACCCGAGAGGCCGUGGCGGCUGAGGACCGCGAGGCCGAGCUGAGGAGGAAAGUUGUGCUCCUGGAAGAAAAACUGGCUUCCUCUUCCAGCGCUGUGGAGAGUGCGAGCCAUCAAGCUAGUCUGCAGGUGGAGUCCUUGCAGGAGCAGUUAAACACUGUUGCCCGUCAGAGGGAUGAAGCCCUGAUGCAGCUCCGUACCUCACAGGAGCAAGUGAACCAGUAUGCAGUUUCCCUCUCCAACCUGCAGAUGGUGCUAGAGCAGUUUCAGCAAGAGGAGAAGGCCAUGUAUUCAGCAGAGCUAGAGAAGUACAAAAAGGAAAGGGCAGAAUGGAAGAGGAAGGCAGAAAAGCUGGAAGACAGACUGGCUGCCAUGCAGAUUAAUCUCGAUGAAGCCAAUGCAGCCCUUGAGUCAGCUUCAAGACUGACAGAUCAGCUCGACCUGAAAGAGGAGCAGAUUGAAGAACUACAAAAACAAGUGGCACUCAGACAAGAGAUGCUGGAAGAGGCUCAGAAUAAGCUCAUGAACCUCCUGAACAGCACCGAAGGAAAAGUAGACAAGGUUUUGAUGAGGAACUUGUUUGUCGGGCACUUCCACACUCCGAAGAACAAGCGGCACGAAGCCCUGCGGCUAAUGGGAAGUGUGCUGGGGCUCAAGAAAGAUGAGAUGGACAAGCUUUUGUUAGAAGAGCCUCACGGUGUAACUGGGUGGGUAUCCAGUUGGUUGGGGGGUCGAACUGCUCAAAGUGUCCCCAACACUCCACAAAGACCUGGCCAUUCAUCACAGAUGAACAGCUCCUUCUCGGAGAUGUUUGUGAAGUUUUUGGAGGUGGAGUCCAGGCCCACCGCUCCCCCACUCCGACUGCCUGUGUACGACGUAAAGCCUCUGACUGCACACCCUCCUGGCCAGACCUACAGCAGCGCAGGAAGCUCUGCCUCAGGGGCGUCUGGAGGAGCGAAAAGACCGGAGUCCAGUCCGUUCCUGGCGCCGCGCUCGGCGGCUGUGCCCCUGAUGAACUCAGCUGCCGCAGGGGCGGGAGGGGGUGGCCACCUGCUCAUGAAGCCCAUUUCCGACUCCUUGCCCACCUUCACACCAGUGCCAGUGUCUGCCGAUGCCAGUGCUGGAGCUGUGCUGAAGGACCUGCUCAAGCAGUGAGGGGCUGGGCGUCCCGCCUCACUAAAGCACUUUAUAAUCUAGAGCCGGGCACCACAGCAGCCACAGUAAACACAGGUUUUCCUGUCUCGAGUUGCUUUUCAAGUACUGUAUUAGGGUAAUUGGUUUAAACGCUCUAAUUUUAUUUAGAAACUGUUUGCUCCAAAUGUUGACCAGUGUCGAAUUCUCUAAGGUGCUCUUGCAAAGAACUACAGCUAAAUCAUAACAUCCCCAUUCACAGCAACAAGACUUGAUUGGGAUCUACAUUCUCUGAAAUUUAAACGAAGUAGAAAAUAUGAGUAGACUUAAAUGUUCAAGUUCGGGCUUAGAUACUUCUUUAAUUUGGAACUGCACAUCAGUUUCAUCUCUAAAACUGCAAAUUGUGUACCAGAUAAAUAACAUUGGUUUGUUUGUAUAUUUUUGUAACAAAUUCUAAUGUGUACACAGAGUUCUUUGAAGUAUGAUUCAUUUUGAAUGUGUUUACAAUAUGCCCACAUUUGUAAAUCUUAAAAGUCUGUAUCCCUUGAGAUUUUAAGUUCACCUUCUGUCACAUGCACAUUUUAAGUUUUGGCACAGGGGAAGUCGUAGAUUUAUAAGGCACAGCAUCUGUUAAAACUAUAAGGACGCUUAUUUAAAAUUCUCUUAUGGAUUUAUAAGGAAUUGAAUUACAAUAUGGAAAGUAUAUGGGUUAAGCAAUAAUUAUAGGUUUGAACUGUAUGCAAAAUAUGUAAAAGUAAUUGUAAGCAGUGUAAAUAUGUAUAUUUCUCCCUCAUAUUGAAUGGCAUCUGGAAAAGUAUAUAAACUAGAAAAAAAGUAAUUCCCUUUAGCUGUCAGAAUUUAACAUUUUAAAAGGUUUCUAUGUAGGUUGGAAAAACUAUUUCUGAUGCAUAUGAAACAUUUACUGUUUAGGAGCUGAAAUCUGUGUAUAAGAUUGUAGAUUUAGUGUGUAAAAUAUAUUCCUCCUAAUGGUCACAAAAUGUUAAAAAUAUAUUGAUCUCACUGCCAUUCCUGUAUAUUUUGUAACCAUAGUGCUGUGCACAUUACAGGCAAUAUAAAAAAAGGAUUGCAUUCUCCUAUACUAACCAAUUUAACGUUCUUUUGAAAUUAAUGAUAGCAUGAUUUAAAGUAGUGCCACCGUUCCUAUUUUCAACCUUUUUUAAAAGUUCUAAAUCUGUUUUUUCUGUAAUUUACAGAAAAGGCAGGCAGGUGCUCUGACAAUCACAAUGUCAAAGCCUUAAUGCAAUGUUAUUCUUGUUACCUGCCAGAGGACCAUUAUCCACUAGUGACCUUGUGUGGGAAUUACGGUGGCUGUGAUGAACAGAGAUUUAUGCACAUGAUAUCCUGAAAAUGUAGGCUAAAUACCCUCUGUAGGUUAAUUGGGAUGAGUCACAGAAGAUAAUUUCCUUCUUCUCUCAUUUUUCCUUUUGCAUGUUUUCUCAUUAGUACAUACUGUAUUUAUCAAGAACCAUCAUGUUUUUCCAACAGUUACUGCCUGUUUUUUUCUGGGCUUCCUAGAGCUGGCUAUCCUAAAUCAAAUCCAGUAGGUUGUGUACACAUGAAAAUCUUCAUUUUGUUAAAACUUGGAAUAAUUUCAUAUGGUGAAAUUAAGUAAUUUGGUAUGUAACGAUGACUUUCAUCUCUCAGAGGCUGGCUUUUCUUUAAUUGAAUAAAGUCCUUGCUUAAUUGAUCAGUAACUUCAAUGUUCUCAGUCUUUACAAAACUGGUAAAUAAGGCUGACCUGUUAGACUUGCUUAUGUAGGUGUGUUCAGGACCAGGCUUAAGAGACCACUGGUUUAUCGUGUCACAGAAUCGAUGUGCCCAAAUAUUUUUAUGCAGUAAGUUUAUUCCCAGGAUUUCUCUAAUAGCCAGUAUUUAUGCAGAAAGCCUCAUUGCUUUUUCUACUGCAAAACAUUUUGCUUGCUUCUGAAGUUUCUUCAAAAGAAAAAAUGAAGGUGUAGGUAUCACAUUGUUGUGCAGAAGUCUGAAUUUCCUAUAAGACUGUUUAAUAAGUUCCUAUAUUGUUUUAGGUCUUAGUAAAAUGUUUAAAAUUAAUCAUAUGAACUUGAAUGCAGUGAAAUUUGUUUUGUGUGGCUGCAGACAUGGAUACAAACCCAUUUAUUUAUUGAGUUUUAGGCACAAUUUUUUCUCAGUCUUUGACUGUUACACUACACUGGGGAAGCUGGGUCUUCAUAAGUAGUUUAUUUUUGUAUCUGGUCUUAAACAGUUUGCAGACACAUAUCAGACUUUAACGGGAAAAAUUGUUUCAACCAUCUGCAGAUUCCAUUUUAGAAGGAUAUAUAAUUUCAAAGUGAGCACUUUAAUAGCUAAUAAAUGUUUGGAGCGCUGGCAUAAUUGGGAAAGAAACUUGGGGGGCCUCAUUUAUAAGAAUCUGAAUGAAACUUCAUCAUUUUUCCUUGACUUAUUGUAUAAGUUUGUACAUGUACCAGCUUUUACUAUGUAUGAAGAUGAUGCAUUGCAAGAUAUUAAGGAUAAUACAACUUUGUACCACUAAAUGUUCAGGUGGUAUAAUGUAUUUAUUAAGCAAUCAUUAAUAGAAUGUACUGGAAGGUGCAUUGUGCCAUAAAUAAUUGUAAAUAAGGAUGCAAAUUGUCCUGGGUAGAGCUAGAAUCUGUUUUUGACUUGUUUACAUGUCAAUUAAAAUAUAUUCUCAAAGUUA